AUGUCGUCACUAAGCAACGGAAAGAUCAGGACGUCAGGCGUGUUCUUUCAGAGGACAUCAGGCGUGUUCUUUCAGAGGACGUCAGGCGUGUUCUUUCAGAGGACAUCAGGCGUGUUCUUUCAGAGGACGUCAGGCGUGUUCUUUCAGAGGACGUCAGGCGUGUUCCUUCAGAGGACGUCAGGCGUGUUCCUUCAGAGGACGUCAGGCGUGUUCCUUCAGAGGACGUCAGGCGUGUUCUUUCAGAGGACGUCAGGCGUGUUCUUUCAGAGGACGUCAGGCGUGUUCUUUCAGAGGACGUCAGGUGUGUUCUUUCAGAGGACGUCAGGCGUGUUCUUUCAGAGGACGUCAGGCGUGUUCUUUCAGAGGACGUCAGGCGUGUUCUUUCAGAGGACGUCAGGUGUGUUCUUUCAGAGGACGUCAGGUGUGUUCUUUCAGAGGACGUCAGGCGUGUUCUUUCAGAGGAUUUCAGAGGACGUCAGGACGUGUUCUUUCAGAGGACGUCAGGACGUGUUCUUUCAGAGGACGUCAGGACGUGUUCUUUCAGAGGACGUCUGCCUUUGA